AUGCACACGGCCCAAGCUCUCGCGUCCAUCCGGCGCUCGCGCACGUACGACGCCGAGGGCGGCAAGCGCAAAUACCCGAGCGAACACUCGUCUCUACUACACGGCAACGGCCACAGCGGCAGCAACGGCCACGACGCACACGCCAUCUUCGCGAUGAUCAAGGAUCAGCCGCUCAACCUCUUGUUGCUCUCGGCACCGGUGGCCAUUUGGGCCUCACUGGGUGGCUGGAGCGAUCUUUGGAUCUUUAUCUUCAACUUCCUCAUCAUGAUCCCUCUCGCCAACCUGUUGGGUGAAGCUACCGAGUCUUUGGCCUUCCAUACAGGCGAGACAAUUGGCGGAUUAGUCAACGCCACCUUCGGCAACGCCGUCGAGGUCAUUGUAGCGAUCUUCGCACUUAAGGCGGGUGAGAUCAACGUUGUGCAGAGCUCGCUCAUUGGCUCUGUACUCUCCAACCUGCUACUAGUGCUGGGAUGCGCUUUUAUCGCUGGUGGAGUACGCAACAAGGAGAACUCAUUCAACGCCGUGGGUGCCAGCGCCAACUCGUCGCUGCUCAUGCUCGCCAGCUUUGCAAUGCUUCUACCCAGUUAUAUCUUCUACUUCUCCGAUACCGAUUCGGAGGAGAAACGUGUAGCCAACACACUGACACUCUCUCGCAUCGCUGCCGUCUUCCUGCUCUUCAUGUACCUGCAACUUCUCUUCUUCCAACUCAAAACCCACGCGGACUUUUUCGAGGACCAACAAAAUGAAUCUGAGGAGACUGUAGCGCUAUCCAAGCGUGCUAGUGGUACAGUUCUGCUAGUGGCCACCUUACUGGUGUCUCUAUUCUCCCAGUUCCUCGUGAACUCUAUCGACGGCUUCGCGAACGAGAUGCACUUGAGCAAGUCGUUUAUUGGCAUUAUCUUGUUACCAGUUGUUGGUAACGCUGUGGAACACGUAACGGCAGUUAAGGUUGCACUUAACAACAAGAUGGAGCUGGCUAUGGGCGUCGCUGUGGGGUCCGCCACCCAGGUAUCUCUCUUCGUGGUGCCUGUCGUCGUGCUCUCCGGGUGGUUUAUGGACCGCGCAAUGUCAUUGGCGUUCCCGCAGUUCGAGAUCCUCAUCUACCUCAUGUCGAUCAUCAUCGUCUACGCUAUUAUCGCGGAUGGCAAGUCUAACUGGCUCGAAGGAUCGAUGCUACUCACAGCGUACGCUCUAGUGGCUAUUACACUUGUUUGGGUUGAAGUCCCCAGUGCACUAUAA